AUGGAGAAGACAUCUGCUCCACGUAUCAAAAACCUUGCGGCGGCGCCCAUACAGAUCAGCGCAGAGCAGCUGCUACGAGAAGCCGUCGACCGUCAAGAUGAGAAGCUUAAAGCGCCAACGCAGCGCUUUGCUGAUCUGGAGGAGCUGCACGAGUUCCAGGGCAGGAAGCGCAAGGAAUUUGAGGAUUAUGUGCGGCGGAACCGCAUCAACAUGAACAACUGGAUGCGCUAUGCUGCCUGGGAAUUGGAACAGAAGGAAUUCAGACGUGCACGCUCCAUCUUCGAACGAGCCCUCGAUGUCGACUCGACAAGCGUGGCCCUGUGGUUGCGGUAUAUUGAGUCUGAAAUGAAGCAUCGGAACGUCCAGCAUGCGCGCAACCUCCUCGAUCGUGCCGUCACCAUUCUUCCGCGAGUUGAUAAGUUAUGGUACAAAUAUGUUUACAUGGAGGAGACCCUCGGCAACAUCGAUGGUGCAAGGUCUGUUUUCGAACGCUGGAUGCAAUGGGAGCCCGAAGAGGCAGCAUGGAGUUCAUACAUCAAGCUGGAAAAGAGACACGGUGAAUUCGAGAGAUGUCGAGCCAUAUUCGAGCGAUUUACCGUUGUGCAUCCCGAGCCAAAGAAUUGGAUUAAAUGGGCCAAGUUUGAGGAAGAGAAUGGCACAAGCGAUCUUGUACGCGACGUUUACGGAACAGCUGUUACCACACUUGGCGAUGACUUCAUGGACGAGAAGCUAUUCAUGGCAUACGCCAAGUUCGAAGCGAGGCUUAAGGAGCUAGAACGAGCCCGAGCCAUUUACAAGUUUGCUCUGGAUCGUAUGCCACGAUCAAAGUCUGUCAAUUUGCACAAGGCCUUUACGACCUUUGAGAAGCAGUAUGGAGAUCGGGACGGUAUUGAAGACGUUAUAUUGUCGAAACGCCGGGUUCACUAUGAAGAGCAGGUGAAAGAGAAUCCCAAAAACUACGAUGCAUGGGUCGACUUUGCACGGCUAGAAGAGACAUCUAGCAAUCAGGACCGAGUGCGAGACAUUUACGAGCGAGCGAUUGCACAGAUACCACCGACACAGGAGAAGCGCCAUUGGAGACGAUACAUCUAUCUCUGGCUGUUCUAUGCCGUCUAUGAGGAGACUGUUUCACGCGACAUUGAGCGGACACGCCAAAUAUAUCAAGAGUGCAUACGCCUGCUUCCGCACAAGCGCUUCACUUUUGCCAAAGUAUGGCUGAUGUUUGCACACUUUGAAGUUAGGCAGGGCCAACUUACAACAGCACGCAAGCUCUUGGGUCAGAGUCUGGGCAUGUGCCCAAAGGACAAACUGUUCAAAGGCUACAUUGAGUUGGAAAUGAAGCUUUUCGAGUUCAACCGUUGCCGGCAACUCUAUACCAAAUACAUUGAGUGGAACGGAUCGAAUUCUCAGACCUGGAUCAAGUUUGCGGAAUUAGAGCGUGGUCUUGAUGACCUUGAACGCGCACGCGCCAUCUUCGAGCUUGCCGUGGAGGAGCCGCAGCUAGACAUGCCUGAACUGGUCUGGAAAUCCUACAUAGACUUCGAAGAAGGUGAAGGCGAGUACGAACGCACUCGUGCACUAUACGAGCGUCUGCUGCAGAAGACGGACCACGUCAAGGUAUGGACUUCAUGGGCACAGUUUGAACUCAGCGUGCCCGAUGAGACCACUGCCGAAGACGACGAGACGAUCAGCGAGGCCGCCAAAUCACGUGCUCGCGAAAUCUUCACGCGUGCCCACACACGUCUCAAGGAACACGAGCUCAAAGAAGACCGCGUUGCCCUUCUCAGCGCCUGGAAGUCGUUUGAGGAUGUUCAUGGUAGUGCAGAAGACAAGGAGAAGAUUGAGAAACAGAUGCCGCGCAAGGUUAAGAAGAGAAGAAAGUUGGACGACGACAGUUUCGAGGAGUAUGUGGACUAUGUGUUCCCUGCAGACGACGAGAGUGCGGCGAAAUUGGCAAGACUCAUGGCGAAUGCGCAAAAGUGGAAGAUGGCGCAGGCCGCUCAAGCUGCGGCUGGAGGAAAUGGAGAGAGUGCAGAUGGAAAUGGCGAGUAGACUAUUGGUUCAUAUAUAUGUGGGCAAUGCUAAGGCUGUUCUGCAUACAAAAACAGUAUAAGAAGGUAAUACCAUGUCAAUCGUAUUUUCCCCA